AUGGCUGAGCCUGUGACCGGUGGCACCGCGACGCAAGACCUCAAGGUUGCUCAGCACAAUAAUAAUGAUGAUGUCGAACUCUCAAGCGACACGAAGUCUGCGCGGCCCGAUACUAUCGAGGUUUCGAGGCCGCCUCAAAAGCCCUUCACCGUCUGGUCGGCCAUGUCACUGGGGUAUUCGAUCUCAAACUCUGGCUUGGGUAUGGUCCUCGUCACAGGCAGUCUAGUCUUCGGUGCAGGGCCAUUGUUCAUCUACGGCACUAUCCUCAUCACCGCCAUUACCUUUUGUGUGGCGAUCACACUUGGAGAAAUGAGCUCGAUUUGGCCGCACGCCGGCGGUCAGUACUUCUAUGUUGCUCAGCUCGCCUCAGAGAAAAGGCGCCGCUUUUUGUCGUACAUGACAGGUAUUAUCUCAUGGGCGGGCGUAAUUUGUACCGCGGCAUCCGCGUGCUCGGCAAUCGCGAAUACUACGUUUACCCUCGUUGCACUGACGAGACCUGAUUUCGAAUACAAGCAGUGGAUGGGUUUCCUCGUAUUUUUGGCCGCCAAUUGGACCGGGACUGCUAUGGUCAUCUAUGAGCGAUUCAUUCCAAUAAUGUCCAGCAGUUUUGUGUAUCUCUCGAUCUCCCUUAUCGCCGCGAUGUUUAUCGCUUUGUUGGCCCCAAAUACCGAGAAGGCUUCUGCCGGACUCGUCUUUGGCACGGAAGGGUACUAUAACAUCUCCGGGUGGUCAAAUGGCGUCGCCUUUUUCAUCGGUAUCAGCUCUGUCAAUUGGGGCUUUUCUUGCCUCGAUGCAGCCACCCAUCUGGCAGAGGAGAUCCCCGAGCCUCGCAAGAAUAUCCCUAAAGCCUUGCUCUGGACUGUCGGCAUGGGAUUUGCCGUCGCAUUUCCCAUAAAUAUCGCCGUCUUCUUCAAAGCACCCGAUUUAGAGAACACUUUCUCCAUCUUCGGGGUCCUGUAUGCAGCUUACAAUGAAAAUGCAUCGCCAGCCAUCGCAUUGGGUGCUUUCAUGGUGCUCGCUACCUGGGGCGCAGUAAUCGGCAUGCAUACUUGGCAGUCGAGAAUAGUAUGGUCUAUGAGUCGAGACAGAGCAUUCCCGUUUCACAAUCGGAUGAGCCGACUUGCACCAGCACCGUUCAAUACUCCUCUCUGGGCUAUCCUAUGGGGUUCGUGCUGGAUCACCCUAUGCGGAUUUCUCUAUCUUGGAUCAACCACGGCUUUCAACUCUUUCAUCUCGGCCGGUAUUGUCCUCCAGUACAUGAGCUACGCCACGCCGACUAUACUUAUGCUGCGAGCUCGCCGUAGCACUACGUUACCCAAAGGCCCGUUCUGGUGGCCCAGAUUCGGCCCGAUCGCUAAUGUUGUGGUCGUUUUAUGGACCGUGAUCAUUACGGUAUUCUACUCGUUCCCUCUGUUUUUGCCGGUCGAGGCAAGCGCGAUGAACUACUUGGUUUGUGUGCUGGUUUUUGCAUUCUUGUACGCUGGGGCUUACUGGGUGUUUUACGGCCACAAACACUACAAAUUGGUGGAUCUUUCAGUCAUUCUGGAUUAG